AUGAUACAAGUGGAAAGCGCCCAGCGAUCUGUAGAGGAAUCCGAAGAUAGUUUUAUCAGGACUCGGGCUGUAGGUAAUCUCUUUAGUGACGAAGACGAUGAUGAUGAAGAUCAUAUCUUACCUAAUGAAGGCCGAUCUUUAGAGCCGCUUGCUGGACUGGCCAGCUAUUCUGGCCUAGCACAUGGCGAAAAUGAUGCAGAUUCUUUAAUCUACCCUCUUGACAAUGAGACAGCGGACGCCAGUCCUCGCGUUCACGACGGCCGUAGCAACGAUUGCAGAAGAAAUGUGGCCAACCGGAUUCGACAACAACGAUUACCCGGCACACCAAUUUUUCAUGAGCAAUUGAAUCGUAUCGUUAUUUUCUGGGUUUGGACGGGACUCUGGUGGAGUGAGAGGACUAAAGUCGAUCUUGGUGCGUCAGAUCCUCUACAGGUGGAGUGGGAAGCCUGCCGUUUCGUUGAACACUAUUAUGCAAACCUUCGAGACGCACACUAA